AUGGCAGGAGCACUUGUGGGUGGAGCUUUUCUCUCUGGUUUUGUUAAUGUUGUUUUUGAUCGGCUUUUUUCACCUGAAGUUGCAAGCUUGAUCCGAGGCAAGAAGCUUGACCAUAAGUUAGUUGAAAGAUUGAAAACUACCCUUUAUGCUAUUGAGGCUGUGCUUAAUGAUGCUGAAGACAAACAAAUCAAUGAUCAUGCUGUGAAGAAGUGGCUUCAUGAUCUCAGAGAUGCUGUUUAUGUGGCUGAUGACUUGUUGGAUGGUCUCUCUACUGAAGCUGCCACUCACGAGGAGGCAAGUAACUUUUUCUCUCGCGUUCUCAAUUUGCGAGAUAGAAAGGUGGUGAGUGAAAUAGAAGACAUCACUAGCAGGUUAGAGUAUCUUGUUAACUUCAAAGAUACUCUUGGUUUGAAAGAGAUUCCAAGUGAGAACUUCUCAUGGAGAACUGUAUCAACAUCUUUGCUUGAAGGAUCUGGAUCUGAUAUUUAUGGAAGGGAUCGAGAUAAGGAGGGAAUGAAAAAACUGUUGUUAGACGAGAGUAGUGAAGAAAAUGUUUGUGUGAUUCCUAUUGUGGGCAUGGGUGGUGUUGGAAAAACCACUUUAGUCCAGUGGUUGUACAAUGAUGAGAAUUUGAUGGGAAAGUUUGAUUUGAAAGCAUGGGUUUGUGUUUCUGAAGAAUCUAAUGUUGUUAACAUUACAAAGGCUGUCAUAGCGGCGGUUACUCGUGCUGCUUGUGAUGCAAAGGAUUUAAAUUUACUUCAACUUGAUUUGAAGGAAAAGUUGUCAGGGAAGAGGUUUUUGGUUGUUUUGGAUGAUGUUUGGAACAUUGAUCAACACGGUUGGAAUAGUUUUAAAAAGCCUUUUCAAUACGGGACUAAAGGAAGUAAAAUUCUUGUGACAACUCGACUUGAAAAGGUUGCUUCAAUACUCCAAACUGCUCCGCCGUACCGUCUACAUGAGUUGUCGGAUGAAUAUUGUUGGACAGUGUUUGCAAAGCAUGCCCGUUUCCCAGAAUCUGGUGGUGAUUCAAAUCUGGAAAGAAUUGGUAAGGACAUUGUAAAGAGGUGUCGAGGAUUACCUUUGGCUGCAGAAACCCUUGGUUGUCUAUUGCAAACAAAACAUGAUGUAGCGGAUUGGAAUACUAUAUUGACGAGUGAACUUUGGGAAAUUCCAGUGGAAGAUAGUAAAAUAAUACCAGCUCUGAAAAUAAGUUAUUACCAUCUCCCUCCACAUCUAAAACGUUGUUUUAACAUUUUUAACUGCCCUAUGUUGAAGUCAUUACCUUCUCACAUGAAUACUCUGCUCCCUCGGUUAAAUUCUCUUUCAAUAAGAGAUUGCCCUAACAUUGAUUCGUUUCCUGAAGGGGGUCUUCCGGCCGACUUGGCAACACUUCAGAUUGUGAAUUGCGAGAAUCUAUUGAUGUGCCUAUCAUUAAUAGGUGUGCACCGGGGUCUCACUGAUUUAACCAUUGGUGGUGCCAAUUCAUCCUUAAGGGAGGAUUUGUUGCCUCAGCUUCCCUCUCUUGCCACUCUAAUACUACACAAGUUUGAAACUAUGGAGAAGAUGGAUUGCAACAGCCUUCUCCAUCUCACCUCCCUUCAAGUUUUACGUAUUGGCUACUGCCCCAAAUUGAACAACAUGGUGGGGGAAAGAUUGCCUCUCUCUCUCAUAAAACUCGAAAUCGAUCGGUCUCCUUUGUUGGCAGAACUGUGUGAGAAGAAGCAUCCUCAAAUUUGGGACAGAAUUUCCCACAUUUCUGGCAUUCAUGUUAACGGGAGAUAG